GAACGACAAGACGACGGAAAACGCAGUGUUACUUUUCUGCGACAGUCACCCCAACAACCGCCGGCGAUUUCUCCCCAGAACCAAAAUUCUCAACAAAGAAGAAGGUUUUCAGAUCAUUGAUUUGAUAUAAAACAAGUAUGUCGUCAAGCGAGCGUAAGAGUUUAAUCGGAACGAAUCCUCCUUCUCCUCAAAGAGGCGGCUCCGGCGAAGACAAAGGAUCUUCCAUGACCCCUCGCGGCGUUUACGCCGCCGUCUCCUACAUGGCCUGCGCUGUGAUGUUGGUCUUGUUCAACAAAGCAGCUCUUUCGUCCUAUAGCUUCCCUUGUGCAAAUGUCAUCACACUCUUUCAGAUGAUAUGCUCAUGUUGUUUUCUUUAUGCAUUGCGCUCUUGGAAAUUUAUCACUUUCAGUUCUGACAUAUUGCCUCUCACCGAUAACUCCACAAAGUUUGUGCCAUUGAAGACGGUCAUUCGCACUUCACCUUUGGCUCUCACCUAUUUACUUUACAUGCUAGCUGCUAUGGAGUCUGUUCGAGGAGUAAAUGUACCCAUGUACACCACUCUUAGGAGGACAACCGUUGUAUUUACGAUGUUUGUCGAGUUUAUUUUGGUGGGUCAGAAGUAUACCCGUUCCAUAAUCGGAAGUGUAGCCUUGAUCGUAUUUGGUGCUUUCGUUGCGGGAUCUCGGGACUUGUCUUUUGACUCAUACAGCUAUGCCGUUGUUUUCGUAUCGAAUAUCACUACAGCUAUAUAUCUUGCAACUAUAGCUCGUAUCGGAAAAACAAGUGGUCUCAACAGCUUCGGCCUCAUGUGGUGCAAUGGAAUCAUAUGUGGACCAGUCUUGCUAGUUUGGACGUUCAUAUGGGGCGACUUGAAGAAGACGAUCAACUUUCCAUAUUUGUUUUCUCCAGGAUUUGUGAUUGUAUUGCUUCUAUCCUGUGUGCUUGCGUUUUUCUUAAAUUACUCAAUCUUCCUGAACACGACUCUCAAUUCCGCAGUCACACAGACGAUCUGUGGUAAUUUGAAGGAUCUUUUCACGAUUGCAUUUGGUUGGAUGGUAUUUGGUGGCCUCCCUUUCGAUCUCUUGAACGUUAUUGGACAACUUCUUGGGUUCGUUGGUUCGGGUUUAUAUGCCUACUGUAAACUAGCAGGAAUAUGACGUGCUCGAGAUUCUUCCACAGCUAAAUUUCACAAUAAAUGACUCAGCUCGCAAGAUUACGUACGAUUUGGUUCAUGGUUCGUCACGAGAACAAAAAGUUGAUUUUUCGAGGUUGAGCAAUUUUUUUCGUUUUUAUCAUUGUGUUGUUGAAAUUAUUUAUAAACCAUUGUAUUUGUUGUCUCAUCGUAAACUACUUUAGAAAUUAUGAGAU